UCUUUACUUUACUUCAACAACGAAGUUUUUCGGGAAAUGGAUCCGGUCAUAAUAGGAAGAAGCAGCGGGCUGCCCGCCCGACGCUGGCAAUUUUCCCCAUUUUCGCCCUGCGCCGAUUCUCAUCGUCCUCUCAAACUCCACAGUCCACAUAGCCGAUAGGACCCGGAGUAGCAAACCAAAACCUAAUAGCCUGAUCAGGCCCAUAUGGCCUCCUCACUCCCUCUAGUCGUUUCCCUCAACUGCAUCGAGGACACUUCCUUCGAAGUGGAAGCUCUCGCUGGCGUCGCUUCCGUUGAGCACGUCGGCCUAUCUCACCUCGCUGACGGACGGAUCGAAACUGCUGUUGCCGUCCUCCUCCAUUCCCUCGCAUUCCUUCCCCGCGCUGCUCAACGUCGACUCCAGCCCUGGCAGCUUAUUCUCUGCCUUGGCUCUUCCGAUCGUGCAGUCGACUCUGCCCUUGCCGCCGAUCUCGGCCUCCGCCUGGUUCACGUCGAUGUCAAUCGCGCUGAGGAAAUCGCGGACACCAUCAUGGCGCUGUUCCUCGCGCUUCUUCGCCGUACUAACCUUCUUUCGCGGUACUCCUCAUCAUCCUCCGCGGCGUCGGGUUGGUUCGGAUCUAUCCAGCCGCUGUGCCGGGGUAUGCGGCGUUGUCGUGGUCUUGUGCUAGGAAUCAUUGGGCGAUCUGCCUCUGCACGGUGUCUAGCCACCAGAAGCCUUGCGUUCAGAAUGAGUGUACUCUAUUUUGAUGUUAAUGAGAACAAUUAUGCGAAGGGAAAAGGAAGAUUUCAGCAGAGUUCUGUAACAUUUCCCCCUGCUGCUCGGAAAAUGGAUACUCUCAAUGAUUUAUUGGCAGCAAGUGAUCUCAUUUCACUUCAUUGUGCAUUAUCAGAUGAGCCGAUACAGAUUCUAGAUGCUGAAUGCCUGCAGCAUAUAAAACAUGGAGCUUUUAUUGUCAAUACAAGUAACAGUCAGCUAAUUGAUGAUUAUGCACUAAAGCAGCUCUUGAUAGAUGGUACUAUAGCGGGCUGUGCAUUGGAUGGUGCUGAGGGACCACAAUGGAUGGAAGCAUGGGUCAGAGAGAUGCCAAAUGUAUUAAUUCUCCCUAGGAGUGCUGAUUAUAGUGAAGAAGUUUGGAUGGAAAUCAGGGAGAAAGCUAUCUCUAUGUUGCAAGCUUUCUUUCUUGAUAGCGUGAUUCCAAAUAAUGAUAUAUCUGAUGAAGGUGAAGAAAAUAGUGGGAUAGCAUAUGAAGGUGACCAAGUGGAGAACCUGGUAAGAGAUAAUUCAUCUCAUCCUUUUGAUUCAGAGCAGACGGCAGAUGCAAGUAAAUUCUGUGCUGGAUCUGAUCAGGAACUGAGGACCAGUCAGUCCAAAGAGUCUAAAGUUUCAGGCCUGCCUCAAAAUACUGUUACAAGGUCAGAUAGAAGACAUAGUAGGUCCAGCAAGAAGGCCAAGAAGAGGCGUGCACGCCAGAGUUCCCAGCAGAAAUCACAUGAUUUUUCAGGAGUAGAAGGUAGCUAUAGCUCUCAACAAGAAGAUGAUACUGCUAUCAGUGGUAUGGAGCAAAGUUCUCGAUUUGCUUCUCCGGAUGAUUCUAAAAGCAAGCAAAUUUGCCUUCUUGAAUCAAAUAUGGAAUCAUCUUCACGGAAACCAGAAACGAUAAGUGAAGGACUUAAUAGAAAAUGUGUUGAACUUUUGAAAGAUGGUUUUGUUAUUGCUUUACAUACUAGAGAGCGUACUGGGUUUUACGUGUCUAGACAAAGAGUACCUGGUGGUGGAUGGUUCUUGGAUACAUUUUCCAAUGUAACCAAAAGGGAUCCUGCUGUUCAAUUCCUGGUUUCUUUUAAAAGCAAGGACGUGCUAGGGUUGCGAUCUUUUGCAGCUGGUGGAAAACUGCUACAGAUAAAUCGAAGAAUGGAAUUUGUGUUUGCAAGUUACAACUUUGAUGUGUGGGAGAGUUGGAUGUUGGAAGGCUCUUUGCUCGAAGAUUGUAGGCUUGUCAAUUGUAGAAACCCGUUGGUUGUACUGGAUGUUUGCAUCGAAAUAGUUGCUGUUGUAGAUGAAGAAGAUGGUGUUGCUCGAUGGCUCGGCUAAUUUUCCUUGUGGUAAUUUUUGCUUUUUAAGCACAAAGGUUAACGUUGUUAGUUAGAAUUGCCCAACCUUUUCUAGAUGUGAGAGGCCCAAGUCCCUGUUUGGGAAAUUGACUUAAUUAGCCUGCUUUUAUUCCGAAAGUGUUUGGCAUGGAUUUGUACAAGUGUUAGAAGAUUUACUUUUAAUUCGAAGUCUGGAACCAGUAAGUUAGUUUCUAUUUGCUUUUUCUUCUUGUCGUAUGUUUAUUUAUUAUAUUUUGGUAUCCAUUUGUGUUUUUGUUUUCCAGUUAAACUUCUCACCAAGUGCGUCUUUUCAUUAUUACUAUAGAUUUGUAUGACCUGCAAACUUGUUUUGAACAUUUGACCUGCUGGAAAAGUCAAACUGCUUAUCUGCU